GUUCAUCUGAAACAAACCUCAUAAGCCGCCGAAUAGAAAAUAUUAAUGGUAGGUUUUGUGCGGUCUUGACUUUGUAGUUGCAGGGAGACAAUCUGUUGCGAGUCGCCAUGUUGGAAGUUACCGCUCCGCUUCAUGAACAUGCCGAUCAAAUGUAUUGUGUACGGUUGUUCUUGUAAAAGUGCAACCAUCCGGAUACCCAAAGUAGUUACAUAUCAAGGCAAAGAGUUUCAAGAACUGACCGAAAGGCGAAGGAGAGAGUGGAUACGUCAGAUAAGACGCAGAUCAGUGACAUUUUAUUCAGAUAGGCAACACCACAGGUUGUGUCAUCGUCAUUUUCACACCGGACAGCCGGCAAAACCAUGGGAUCAGAACCAUCCAGACUGGAUCCCAACAUUGUGUAUGGGAUAUCCUGGUGCCAAGUCAACAGAUUCAGCAAGGUAUGCCAGGGCUAUUAGAAGGCGUUUAAAGAAUGUAAAGCCCGCAGAGAGAGAAUGUGCUUUAUCAGCCCAGCAGUCUGGUGGUCAUUUACAGGUCUCAGACUGUGAUAGUGUGAAGACCUGUAGACAAACAAGAAUAAAGACAAUAUCAUACCAUGAAAACCGUAAUGGAGCAAUUACAGCAUUGAGGUUUCCACGCAAUGUUGCCAUUUGUGAGGUAGCCCAGCAGGCACUGAAGGGGGAAAGAAAUCCUGCUAUAGGCAGGAAACAUUCCAUUCACAGUGAGCAAACUUUGGACAGUCCACAUGAGUUCAUGGUGGUUACAUUGGAUGACUUACUAGAACCUUACACUAUAAUACAUCCUGCUGGGACCAACACAGGCAGUACAGAUGCACUUCAUCACAAGGGAAGUGAUACUAUUAUGGGAGAAUGGCACCACACCUGGUCUUCUGUGGAUGGCCAGCUUUCAGUAGAUUUUGACAAUGACAUUGAGGUGAAGCGAGAGGUCAGCUGUGAUCAGGAAGAAGACCUUGCAGUCAGUGCACUGCUGGAGCCUUGUCCUAUCCAGGGUGUGAUAGAGAAUUCUUCACAAUAUUGUUGUCCACAUCAAAUGAGACUUAAAGGAAAAGUUAGAUCCUGCCUCAACAGCAAGGUGCAAGAAAGUGGUCUUUUAUUGCAGCCAAAGUGUGAACUGCAAAGUCCCAAAAAACUAACAAAGGAGAAGUCUCAAUGUUCAAAUUCUGAAAUUCAAGGUCACACAAAGAUGUCACAGUUUGUUGACAUAAAGAAAGAGCUCAAGGAGUUUGACACAUCAGGUGUGACUCAGGCAGGUGAUCAUAAUUCCAAUUGUAAAUCUAAGAGACAAAUUUCAAAGUCUGCAAGUGACGAGCACCCUUUUGUGAAUGUAUUAAGUUCUGGUUCCAUUAAAAAAGAACCCCAGGACUUCGAGACAUCAUGGAAUACAAAGAGUGUGGCACAGAUAACUCAUCGUAGCCUUGAAAGUAGAGCCGAGACGGGGGCUUACCCAACUGGCAUAUAUCACAAUGUACACUGUGUUGAAAUGAGAACAGCUGACCGAUGACACUGCAAAAUGUACUUAAAAACUUAAGUGAUUACUUUCUGUAAAGAUUGAAUGACAUUUUGGAAAAUGGUUCUCAACAGACAGUCCAGUCUCCACAAGAUCAGUAAUCUUGGUAAAAGUGUUUAUGGCUUCAACUUUCCAGAAAGUUUUUUUUCUAUAGAGACGUCCAUUUAAUAAAUUUUUAGUUUACAG